CCUCAAACAAAUUCAAGAAUCCGACUUAAAAUCAGAAGUAAACCUUCCCUUUUCCCACAGGCCAACUAUCAAUUGGAGCUCGACUGGUUGUUUCCCCAGCCCCUUUGGAAGUUCUCCCAGUUUUGAAGCCUUCCUGUUUAUCCAGCCAUCCCCCUCAUCAACAAGCCCCCACUCUUUCUUAUAUCACUCCACUUCCUGAAUAUCCUGCUAGAUUGAAUCCUUUGCAGUCAGUUCAGCAAUCUAUUCCACAAGUCACAUUGUCAAAUCAGCCCCAGGCCUUUUUAGACCAUCCACCUGCCUCAGUUCUCUCCCAUGAACCUCCCUGUCAUUCUCCAUCCCCUUCUUUGCCUUCAUCUCUUUCUAUUUCUGCAUCCUCUUCUUCACCCUCUAUAGUGUUUUCUUCCUCUUCAUCUACUCUAUCCUCUCCUUCACCUUCCUCAUCUACUUCUUCACACUUACCUCCUUCACCUAUUCCUCUUUUGCCCUCUCCUUUGCAUUCAUCUCCUUCUCCAUGUUUGCCUCCAACAUAUUUAGCUUUUCCCUCUCCAGUUUCUCCUGUUUCUUCUUCCCUUAUGAUCUCUUCUUCCUUUCCCCCCAUGUUUCACUCUUCCUCUAUUUCUACCUCCCCAUUUCCUUUUAUUCCUAUACAUCCCUUCAAUCCUCCUCCCUGGGGGAAGAAAGUAGAGAAGAGAAGAGAAGAAAGUGGAGUAGAGAAGAAAGGAAUAGAGAAGAAAAAGUUGAGAGACGACAACUUUAAAGAGCUAUAGAUUCUGCCUUGCCUUCAACGUUGUCAAAAAAUGAUCAUAAGCAUCAGAAACAUCUCUUAUCCAAAAUCAUUAGUGAUAAAGAAAUGAAGGAAAAUAGCAUGGCAAACCUAGCUGCUAACAAAAAUGUGUUCCAGCUUAAACUGGAGGAAACUCAGAAACUCCUAGAAGAUCAGCAUUUAAGCACUUUGCAAAAAUUUUGUGAUGAAGUUAAUCAUAUAACCAAUUCUGAAACCCUCUCAAGUAUAGACAGUCUUGAGGCUGGAGAGCAUGAAGAAAUAUACUUAACACUUAGUAAGGAGCCUUCUACAUCAAUCCAGCAGAAUUCUGUUUCCCUCAAAUCAGCAAAUCUGCAAUCAACUAAUCUAAACUGCUUUGAUGAAGAUAAACUAUUGUUCUCUAAAACUCAGCAUAUCAAUAAUUGGCUUACAAAUUUAGAUGCUCAAAAGACUCAGUCCAUCACAUGUUUCUCAGAUAAUUUAAGUAAAUCUAAUGUUCUUCCUUCGUGGGAAUGUUUUAAUAAUAAAGAACAAAAUCCAUCCACUUUGAGUAGAACUAUGCAAAAAGUCACAAGUACUGCUAAUAAUAAUUCAGUAGCCUUUUUAUAUAGUUCACCCAUAGUUGUACUAGAUAAAAAAAGUGAAAAAACCUCGGAAUCCAGCACUAUGAGGACAAGUGACUCAACUUCGGGAGUACUUGAAAGGGAGAGGCCAUUAGUUACUGAAAGUCCAACAUUUAAAUUUAGCAAAGCCUGGACAGCUCCAGAUUUUCUAAACCAGGAAGUGGCUACAUUUUCUGACCAAGAGAACUACUCUAAAUUAACUCAAGAAAAUAGAGCUACUUCAAUUCCUGCUUCAUUUGUACCAACAGCAACAACUUUAGUCUUGCCAUCUAAUAUACAAUCAGCUAAGCCGUUAGCAAGGAACAAUAUGCACAUAAAUGAAACUGAACCAGUGCAGUGUUCUGAUAAGUCAGAAGAAUUGAAAGAUGUUAAAGAUGAAAAGAUAAACUAUUUCAAUUGUAACAAAGAAGAAUUGUCUUUAUUUUCAGACAAUAUUGAAGCCACCUGUUUACCUCAAAAUUCUGAUUCAAAAGACAAAGAACAAAAACUGUAUGAAACAUCAACAUCAUUGUCUAACGUAGUUUCUAAUUAUGAUUUACUUGAUGAGCACAAGAAAAUGAAAUACAAUAUUCAUGAGCGAAAUGGUGUGAGGUUUCUUAAAAGUAUUUUAAAGAAAGACUCUAAAUAUGAACAUGAUUAUUUUAAGGCACUAAUUAUAAAUCAAAGCUUUAAGUUCAGAAAUCAAAAAGCAGCAGCUAUCAGAGAUAGUAUUGAAUUAACAAAGGAAAAAAGUGCAGAAAUCCCAAAGAUUACCAAAAAAUUGAGGUGGUUUGAUGAAACCAGUGACAUAGAAAACAACGCUGAAGACAGUCAUUCACUAAAGAAUAGAACAAGAAUGACUCAACAGUGGUCUCAACAACUCCACAUUAAAAGUGGUGCUGGCAAAGGCAUAAUUAGUGUUCCUGCUUGUUCUGUAAAUUCUAGUAGAAAGAAGUCCAAGGAUGAUUCUAUCUCUGAAAAUGUUGCUGCUUUAGGAGGUCAUGGAACAGACCAUGCACCUUUGAACUGUUUUAUACCUUCAAGUUAUAACUUUACUAAACAAGCCUGGCCAGCCUCCAAAAAAGAGGAAAAUAAAAUCAUUAUGCGUAAUAGUAAUUCUAAAACACAGAAAGGUAAUUCACACAGAAGUGGAGCAAAAGUAAUCAGGAGAACAGGAUCUGCAAAAGUUCAAUCCAACUUUAUAUAUACCAAUAGAAAAGGAACUGUCAUUCAACCAUGGUCCAAAAGUAAAGCCAACACAUUUAUACAAACUCAGGGUAAAUUAAUUAUACCUCAUCCUCCUCCUAAACCUACAUCAAAUAUUAGAAGUGGUAAAAAUAUGCAAGUUUCUCAGUGUCAGUCAGUCAUAACUGAAAAUUCUCAAAACAUUAUUACAUAUAACUGUUUUAAUUCAAAAUAUGUGCUUCCAACAGAACAUAAUUUAAAUCAGUGGAAUCAAGAAAGUAGUCCUAUACUCUCAGAUCCUUGUUCUGACAUGGUCACUGUGAUACCAUCUUUACCAUCUUAUUAUUCUUCUGAGUGCCAAACUUUAGCAAAACCAAGUCAUUCAAAUGGUACUCAAAUGAUUGCCCAGCAAGAUGGGACAUUAUAUUGUACCCAAAGAAGUCCUGUUUGUGAAGAAAGCUCUCAGUCUGUGACUCUUGGAACUACUGAAGAAGAAUCAGUUCCCUCAUGGAAAAGAGGGAAUAACAUCCUGAGUCAGAAUGAGAGGGCCACUGUUUCUACUGUUACAAGAAAAAAGCAAAUUGUUGAAAAUAAGCGAAGAAGUCCUUUAGAGCAGAAAAGGAAAAACCCUGGAUUUGUAGGACAGAAGUAUAAUGAGCAAAUAAAUAAUUUUGGAAAAAGUGCUCAGCUAAGUUCAAGUGAGCCAAAACAAACUACAAGGGGUACUUCUAAUAAUGGAGAAGUUUCAGAUAGUAUUUCUGAGUUUUUGACAGCUGAAAACCUAUUGAAAGCUUCAGUACCUGAGGAUGAAAUUCUAACUGUCAUGAAUAGAAAGCAACUACAGAAAUCAAAUCUGAAUUUAAAUAAGACCCAGCAAUUCAACAUCUGCACACUAUCAGCUGAAGAACAAAAGAUUCUACAGUCCCUUAAUCAUCUGAAUGGAAGGCUACGCUAUGUACAAGAAACCAUUUGCAAAAAUCCAUCCAUCAAAAAUACUCUACAAAUAAUACCACUUCUGAACAGCAUUCCAAGGCCUCGACCAUCUUCUGAUGUUGGAUCCAGAUUGCAAAGAAAAUAUUGAUGGUGUGACAGUAACUAUGUAAUGGAAUCAUUAUUUUUGAGAAUCUCCUGUAAAUAUAUAUUUCUGCAUUUAUUAAUGAUUCAAAACACUAUAACCAUAAAAAUGAAAUAUAAUAUAGGUAAUGGAGAUAAAUUGAUCACUUUACAUUUAUGCUAUAAAUUAUACUUUAUUAUGCAUUUUACUGAUAAAUACAUUUUUAAUGAAUGGAAAUAUUUCAUUGUUUUCACAAGCAUGCUACUGGAUAUAAAUUCAUUAUAUUUAAAAUAAAAGAGGAUAUUUUGUUAUUCAAAUUAUGCAUUAGUUGUAGUUAUGAAGCUUUGUUUUCUGAAAUUCCUAAUAAAUUCUAUUAAAUUUGUAUGGUUGUAUAAAAAGUUUAUGAUUAACAACAUCUCACAUAAAUAAUACAGCUGUUUAAGACUUUGCAGGAUCUCUAUACUUUGGAGAUGUUACCAAUUGGUCUUUUAUCAACUCUGCAUGUUCAGCAAUUGAUAUUAUCAUCUUUUCUAGGGGUAGUCUCUAAAAACUGACCACACUUUUAAAAAUCUCAGAGGGAU